AUGUCAAGUCUAGCUUUAUACACCUUUAAACAAUUAGUCAAACGAGCAGUAUCAGAUGAUUUAGACGAUUCACCAGAUACGCCCACAACAGGCGACGAUCCGUUAGAGGAUUCCAAUCCAGUCGAGAAUGAAAUCUUUUCAUCGUGGGCGUUAUUUAUCUUGUUGCUAUUGUUAAUGUUGGCGUUGUGGUCGUCGUAUUUCCUACAACAGAGAAGAAUCAAGGCCAUACAUGAGACGGUAUUGUCGAUUUUUUGUGGAAUGAUUGUGGGAUUAAUCAUCAGACUCAGUCCAGGACAUUACAUACAAGAUGCCGUCAAGUUCAACCCGGGAUACUUUUUUAAUAUUUUGUUACCGCCGAUUAUAUUGAAUAGUGGAUAUGAACUACAUCAGGCAAACUUUUUCAGAAAUAUUGGAAGCAUUUUGACAUUCGCCAUACCGGGAACGUUUAUAUCGGCAAUGGUUGUGGGGAUCAUCGUUUACAUAUGGACUUCAAUUGGUUUGGAUAGUGUCAAAUUGGAGUUUGUUGAUGCAUUGGCAGUGGGUGCUACGUUGUCUGCCACAGAUCCAGUAACCAUUUUGUCCAUAUUCAAUGCAUACAAAGUUGAUCCCAAGUUGUAUACAAUUAUCUUCGGGGAAUCCUUGUUAAAUGAUGCUAUAUCCAUUGUUAUGUUUGAAACUUGUCAAAAAUUCCAUGGCCAGCCAGUAAAGUUUUCAUCGUUCUUCGAAGGUAUUGGUUUGUUCUUGAUGACAUUUACGAUUUCCACUAUCAUCGGAAUCGCAAUUGGUAUUCUAGUGGCUUUGAUUUUAAAGCAUUCACAUGUGAGGAGAUACCCGCAGAUUGAAACCUGUUUAGUCCUUUUGUUUGCUUAUCAAUCAUACUUUUUCUCCAAUGGUGCUCAUAUGUCGGGUAUUGUAUCGUUGUUAUUUUGUGGUAUCACAUUGAAGCACUAUGCAUAUUACAACAUGUCGAGACGUACUCAAAUUGCAACAAAGUAUAUCUUUCAAUUACUAGCACAGUUGUCGGAAAAUUUCAUAUUCAUUUACCUAGGAUUGUCGUUGUUCACCGAAGUUGAGCUUGUAUUCAAGCCGUUAUUGAUUAUCGUGGCAUUCAUAUCCAUCUGUGUUGCCAGAUGGUCAGCUGUGUUUCCAUUGUCCAGAUUCCUAAACUUUCUUUACCGUGCUAGACUUGAAAAAUACAGUGGAAUCUCGAAUAUCAACUCGAGUGGAGGUUUGUCAUUGAACGUGCCGGACGAAAUCAGCCACUCAUAUCAAAUGAUGAUUUUCUGGGCUGGUUUGAGAGGAGCAGUAGGCGUUGCCUUAGCUAUGGGUUUUGGCGGUGAUGCUAAAUGGACUUUACUUGCAACCGUGUUGGUGGUUGUUGUGCUUACCGUGAUUUUAUUCGGUGGAACAACUGCCUCCAUGUUGGAAAUCCUAGGCAUAAAGACAGGCUGCGUCGAUGAAACUGCCGACUCUGACGAUGAAUUUGACAUUGAAGCUCCAAGGCUCCCACUUCAGCAAGCAUCGCAGCAAAACAUACUCGGAAGCAGAAGAUUUAUGAAGUCACAACCAAAAGUUGCCCCAUUUAGAGACAGCACCUCCAACAAUUCUUCUUCGGUCAACUUACUUGAGAACGAGCCAAAUCAAAAUAUAGUCAAUGGUGGAGAUGAUGACGAGGAGUUGAUUGGCAGCGAUGUUGAUGAAUACAGAUCAGAUUUUGUAUCAUCACCAACGUUUAACAAUGCAAACACAAACACAAACACAAACACAGAUAGAGGAGUACUUGGAGCUAUUCUCAGUGCAGAGGAGCACGCUAGAUGGUUUACCAGAUUCGACGAAGAGGUGUUAAAACCGGUUUUAUUAGAUACAAUCCCUGGUAUCCAAUCCAGUGCUAACAACAGUAGUUCAAACUUAAGUAACAGUAGAAGAGAUUGA